AGCCAUACACUUCGCGAUUCAUCAGUCAGACUCGCCCCGUACGUAGUGUUCGUUAUUUAAAUUUUAAAAAGUUUUAACUGUGUAUUAGAAUUGUGUUUAUUGCCAGUACUUAGUAUCUUACAACGAACUCGAGGAGACCCGGGAAAAUAUGGAGCAUGAAGAAUUUCGCGUUAAAGCCAAAGAGAUGGUGGACUACAUAGCUGACUACCUAGAGAACAUCCGGGACAGACGCGUGUCUCCCAAUGUCCAGCCGGGCUACUUGCACAACAGGCUGCCAGCCGAGGCUCCGUACCUCCCGGAGAAGUGGGACGACAUCUUGAAGGACGUCGACGAUCAUAUCCUGCCUGGGCUUGUCCACUGGCAGAGCCCGCACAUGCACGCGUAUUUCCCGGCUCUGACGUCAUAUCCUUCCAUCAUGGGGGAGAUGCUGUCCAGCGCUCUCAACGUGCUCUGCUUUACUUGGGCCUCGUCGCCGGCCGGCACCGAACUGGAGACCAUCUCCAUGAACUGGCUCGGCAAGCUGCUGGGUCUCCCAGAAUGCUUCCUCAACGAGAAGAACGAUAGUUCGGGAGGCGGAGUCAUACAGACAACGGCCAGCGAGGCAACCCUGGUGAGCUUACUAGCUGCCCGCACCAGAGCCUUGAUCGAGCUAGCCAAGCUAAAUCCUGACCUGCAAUCGUCUGAACUGUUGGGCCAUCUGAUCUGCUAUUGCUCCGACCAGGCUCAUUCGUCUGUGGAGAAAGCUGGGCUUAUUGGUCUGGUGAGGAUGCGGUACAUCGAGACCGAUGAAAACCAGAGCAUGCGCGGGGACAAGCUGGAGGAAGCCAUACUCAGCGACAAGGCUAAAGGACUGGUUCCAUUUUGGGUGUGUGCAACCCUGGGCACGACUGGUUCUGUAGCCUUCGACAAUCUCCGUGAGAUCGGGGAAGUUUGUGAACGUCAUUCGGCGUGGCUGCACACAGACGCGGCGUAUGCUGGCAGCGCCUUUAUAUGUCCUGAGUUCAGGCACUGGUUAGAUGGCAUUGAACUGGUGGACUCCUUCGCUUUUAAUCCUUCGAAAUGGCUGAUGGUGAAUUUCGAUUGCACCGCUAUGUGGGUAAAAGACAGCACUGCGCUUCACAGGACAUUCAAUGUGAACCCCAUUUAUCUGAGACACGAGAAUUCAGGAAAAGCCAUUGAUUAUAUGAUUGGCUCUCAAAAAUCGGACGAGAAGAAAUUCGAAAUCAACACAGAUUUGAAGCAAACAAAAAGUGUCAAUAUCGAUAUAUCCAAAUUUAAUGGCAAAGUGACAUAUAUAAAUGGUGUAAAUGGAGAUAAACUAAGCGAUGAUGAAGGAAUAAUGAACAGCGAUGAUGGUAGUGAAGAUUUGUAUGCAGAAGCCAAUAAGAAGCUACAUGGAUAUGAUGAAAUAGCUCCUGGAUGCGGCAAAACAAUACAGCUGGAGAACCCUGAUAAGAAAGAGUUACUCCACUGGCAAAUUCCAUUGAGUCGUCGAUUCAGAGCUCUGAAGCUCUGGUUUGUUCUGAGAAACUACGGCGUCAGUGGCAUCCAGAAACAUAUUCGUGAGAGUGUUCGUCUUGCUCAGAAGUUCGAAGCGAUGGUGCAGGAUGACCCAAGAUUCGAAAUCCCACAAUCAAGAAACUUAGGGCUAGUAGCCUUCCGGCUGAAGGGUGACAAUGCACUGACUGAGCGUCUGCUGAAGCGUCUGAACGCACGCGGACACAUGCACGCGGUCCCUGCUUGCUUUAAGGGGAUAUACGUCAUCAGGUUCACCGUAACCUCUCCCAGGACCACCAACCAGGAUAUCUUGGAUGAUUGGAAAGAGAUACAGACGGUUGCCACGCAUAUCUUAAUGGAAAUGUUUGGUUCUGAGAAUGGUAACAUCACUGCGCCCAAGAAACCAAAGGUCUCUCUCAGACAGACCCGCGAUCUCAACGCCACCUUUGGCACCAGUCUGCUGCUGGCUAACAGUCCAAUGAGUCCUAAGAUAGUGAAUGGCACUCAUGUCGCAAUCUGUGACUAUGAGCAAGUCCUCACAUCGUGCGCUCAAACCUUCAUGCAGCUCAAGAUGGAACCUAAGGACAGCCCUGAGAUGCGCCGUCGCAUCCGUGGUAUCAAGAUGUGCGGCAAGAAGUUCUCUCUUGACUCAUGCAUGGACAUGGUUCAGGGUCUGAUGAUGGAACAGUUUCUCCCUCUUUGCUCCGAAGAGGAAUCCCAAGAGGCUUCUAAUGGUUCCAGUCCCUGCGACAGAUCAUCUCUUUCAUCAUCACCAGUGACAUCUAUCGGCACAAUCAAGCAAGAACACAACUCUGACUCAAACCAACUUCAAGUACCAGCUGCACCAUCUAGACAGUACCGUUCUAAAUCCGUUGACGUAUCCCUUUCUGGGUUAAGUCUUGACGAUGCAAAAAUUACCAUUGAUAUGAAGAAAAAUGAAAUAACCAUAACUCCAACUGGCUCAAAAGACAUAAAAGAAGUCGCUGAAUCUCAAAAACCUGUUCAAAUUAGUGAUAUAGAAGAAAAGUUGAACAUUGGAGAUAAAAUAACACAAGCGUUUGAAAAUUUCCAAGAUGGUUUACAAAUGUUGAGUGAGUAUAGACAAAACACCGAGGAAAAGGUUGAGAAAAAUGACGAUUGCGCAAAAUUAACUAUACGAGGGCCAGGCAGUUACAUUAAGAAGUUAAUUCAGCAAUUUAGUGAAGGUCCCUUCGAAAGUGAGGACGCUAAACCAGAAUCUGAAAGGGCUAUCUCGACGCAGUCAAUAAGAGAUAGGGCGGACGCCAUUUGCAAAAAGUGCUUGCAUUAUAAAGGUAAAAUUUCAAAAUAAUUUACUCGAUUUUUGUUUAUGGUUAUAAAGCUUUAGUGCUGCGUACUUCGGGGUUAGAUGACAAGGUCUGAAAAAUAUGUAUGCUCUAGAUAAAAUAGACGUGUCUGUGACCAUUGUGAUUAUUUAUAGACUGUACAAUACCGCUGAAUUAAAUUUGGUUAGAAAGGUUAGUUUUUCCCUGGUAUUUCUAAUUUCGCGAAUAGUCAUCAAAAUAUAAAAAAAUGUCAUCUACCAUAUUUCGUUUGUGUAUUAAUUAGUUACAUAGGUACGUUUUAAUAAUAUUUGUUAAGUAAGUAUAUAUUUAAAUUGGAGUGAAUAUGAAUAUUUUGAAUUCAAACUGCAGUAUAAUUACGCAUACUACAGUAUAGAAUAGGUGUGAUAAUAUCAAACUGUGAGCUAAUAUUUGUGAAAUUAUUGUUUUCAAAUUUUAUUGAUAUAUUAUUUUAAUUAUGGUAAUUGGUAUUAAUUACAGUACCUAUAGGUUUAAGAUUAUUGCAAUAUUAUGAAUAUAAACAUCAUAAAUUUUUAGAUCUAUUUCCAAUAAAACUUAGUAGUCUAAGUAUAGCGAGACAUAUAAAAGUAUAUAAUAUAAUAAUAUUGGCCCGUAUUUAUUUAAGAAAUUUUAAAAAUGUGUAUUUAGGCAAUAAUAGUUAAAGGAACGUUGUAACGAGUUAAUCACAGUAGAAAAUUAAAUUAAUAAAUAUAUAUCGUUAUAAGGACUUGUAAAUAAUAUGUUUGAUUGCACAAACAGUUUUUGUCUUUUUCAUAAUUAAAAAGUCAUUUUAUUGAUUUUAAAAUGAUAAUUCAAUUUAAUCCUUGUUACAGACUUAAUAAAUAAACUCAAACAAUUUAUAAUUAGCCAUUGUGUUAUUUCCAUAUUGUAUCAUAGUCAUGAUUAAAUAUAUGACGAAAGUCCCAAUAUAUUCUCAUUAUGUAUUAUAAUAUAUUUUAAUUACUGCUGUGCUAUAUCAAUAAAAUGAUGAGCGGUUAUAUUCUAAAUAUAUAUCGUUAUAUUACUAAUAGAAUUCUUUAGAGUUAUAUAUAACGAGUUAAUGUAAUUUUAUUAUGAUAAAAAUAUUCAUGAACCAAAGUAAUAUAUAUAUAUAUAUAUAUAUAUAUAUAUGUAUAUAUAUAUACAAACUGAACACAUGAUAUGUUUAUGAAUAAGAUUAUAGAAGUAGCCAAGUAUAAUCACAUUAGAAUUAUUCAAAAAUUAUUCUACAAAAAAAAAGUUACGUUAUAAAAUAAAAUGUAAUCUCUGAUAUUAUCUCAAUAUAUGUAUGAAGCAAACGCAGUGUCUUUGUUUUAUUUGCUAAGGACGGUGAAUCCUAAA